CCAGAAGAGAGAGAGAGAGAGAGGGAGAGAGAACCGCUGGGAAGCUCAUCCCCUUCGGCCAAAGUAAAACUGACCCUGGCGUUCCCGCCCGACGACUGCUCCAGCUCAUUAAAGAGAGAGGGAGAGUCGCCGUGACGUCCGGCGGUGGCCGAGCGAAUCUCAGCCGACGAGUCCUCUCUUCCUCUUCCUCUUCCUCUUCUUCUUCCUUCCAUGCUCUGUGAGACCCUAAGACUGUCCGACGUCCGACCUCUCGUUGCUCCUUGGCCAUGAGCCGUGGCCUCCUCUGCGAGAGCUCAAGGUGGUCUCGAGGUGGCGCCGUCGAUGGCGACGAUCACUUCCAUCGAAUUGAAUUACAUGGUCUUCCGUUACCUUCACGAAUCUGGAUUUACACAUUCGGCAUUUGUUCUAGGAUAUGAAGCAGGGAUAAAUAAAAGUUCUAUUGAUGGCAAUUUAGUUCCUCCAGGUGCUCUUGUGACAUUUGUGCAGAAAGGGCUACAGUAUUUAGAGUUGGAAGCGAACCUCACUAAUAAUGAUGCAGAUGUUGAUGAUGAUUUCUCUUUUUUACAACCGUUGGAUCUUAUUACAAAGGAUGUCUGUGAAUUGCGUAAAAUCAUAAAAGAGAAGAAAGAAAAUCUUCAAAAAGAAAAAGACAAAGAGAAAGAAAGAGAGAAAGAACGUGAACGGGAGCAUGAACGAGAGCGUGAACGUGGGAGGGAAAGGGAAAGGGAGAGAGAGAGGCAAGAAAGGGAAAAAGAAAAGGAGAGGGAAAGAGAGAGGUUAGAGAAGGAAAGAGAACGAGAACGGGAAAGAGAAAGAGAAAAAGAAAAGGAGAGAGAAAAGGACAAGGAAAAGGAAAGGGAGAAGGAGCGGGAGAAGGAGAAGGAGAAGGAGAAGGAAAAGGAAAAGGAAAAGGAAAAGGAGAAAGAAAAGGAAAAGCAGCAAGAUGAGUAUAAUGGUCGUCAAUUGAAUAGAGAACCUGAUGAUAAACCUAAACUGAAUCAAGAAGAUAAUGAUGGCUCUGGAGGGCCGGAACCAAUGGAUAUAUGUUCAAGUUCACCUGCUUUGGGCAAUGAGAUUCCUAGCUCUAAUGUACUAAUUUUGGAGGGACAUACUUCAGAGGUUUUUGCUUGUGCUUGGAGUCCAACUGGUUCGCUCCUAGCUUCUGGGUCUGGAGAUUCAACAGCUCGAAUUUGGAUGAUUGCUGAUGGCCCUUGUGGUAUGCAUGGUGGCCCUCCAAAGGCACUGGUUUUGAAGCAUUUCAAGGGUAGAACCAAUGAAAAGAGCAAGGAUGUUACUACACUUGAUUGGAAUGGUGAGGGAACAUUACUUGCAACUGGUUCCUAUGAUGGCCAAGCUAGAAUUUGGAGCAGAGAAGGAGAAUUGAGGAGUACCUUAAACAAACAUAAAGGACCCAUCUUUUCUCUGAAAUGGAAUAAGAAAGGGGAUCUGCUUCUCAGUGGGAGUGUUGAUAAAACUGCCAUUGUGUGGGAUGUAAAAACUGGAGAAUGGAAGCAACAGUUUGAAUUCCAUUCAGCACCAACACUUGAUGUUGAUUGGCGUAACAAUGUCUCCUUUGCCACCUGUUCAACUGAUAACAUGAUAUAUGUAUGCAAGAUCGGCGAUACUCGUCCAGUUAAAGCUUUCGCAGGUCACCAGGGCGAAGUCAAUGCCAUCAAAUGGGAUCCAACUGGGUCGCUAUUGGCUUCAUGCUCUGAUGAUGUGACAGCAAAGAUUUGGAGUAUGAAACAGGACAAAUGUUUACAUGAUUUGAAGGAGCACACACAGGAGAUAUAUACAAUAAGAUGGAGCCCUACUGGGCCUGGUACCAACAAUCCAAAUCAACAGUUACUCUUAGCAAGUGCUUCCUUUGACUCGACCAUCAAGCUGUGGGAUGUGGAGAGAGGUAGCCUAUUGUACAGCUUGAAUGCCCAUAAAGAUCCUGUAUACUCGGUUGCAUUUAGUCCAAAUGGGGAGUAUCUAGCCAGUGGAUCAUUGGAUAAAUGUUUACAUAUAUGGUCAGUAAAAGAUGGCAGGGUUGUGAAGACGUACCAAGGGAAUGGAGGCAUCUUUGAGGUGUGCUGGAACAAGGAAGGUGAUAAGGUUGCUGCAUGCUUUUCCAACAAUACAGUCUGUGUCUUGGAUUUCAAAAUGUGAACUCCAAGUUGUUAGAUACUGCUGAUCAGGAUAGGAUUUAGAUAACUGACUGUUCAAGUUUGGGGGUUCGAUGGAUGUCUAUAUGCUUUUGGCAACUGCAGACAAGCCCGACUUGCUAAUGUUUCCCAAUGCCAUCUCAUGGCUGGGUUGGGGCCUGAUGCUCUGAGCAAAGCAAUGGUGCGAUUUCCCCCACCAUAUGACCUGUUACCAAAAUCUUUUAUGCUGAGGUUAGCUGCUUGUGAGUUGUAAUUGUCUCAACAAUUUUCUCCGGAGUUGAUGCUGUUUGUAUUAGUAGAACGGCUCUGUAUCGUCUUUCUUCUCAGGGGACGUAGAUAUUUGGUUAUAAAUCUGAAACGUCUGCUUUGUGUGA